AUGAAUCCGUCGCAGUCGCAGUCGCAGAGCAGAGUGCAGCUGCUGGGCUGCAGUCGUUGCCUUGGCCAAACGCGCCAAUUUCGUCCACACCCCGGGCACGUCGGGUAUCCGGGACUGGGUGGGAUAUUGAGGAUGGGGCUCAGAGAACGCCCGGGAGUCGGUGCGGCGCUCGACCACCACCACACGCCCAUCGCGCACCUUUACCUCACUUCACCUCACACCUCGCUGUCUCUCUCUCUCCUGUACCUUAUUCCUCCUGCAUAUGCUACACCCCCAUCAAGGGACGGGCGCCAGGAACGCCAGGGAAUCUACGCCAUGGCCGUCGGACUUGACAUGGGGACUUUAUCAAAAAGUUUCUCCAAGCUGGCGCAGCCAUUCCCGUCCUUUACAUUUGUGCGGCCCAGCAUGUCGCUCCCAUUCCCAACAUCCAGGUUCGGUCCUGGCUUCACGGUCCCGACCGCCGUGACCGUCACAGAAGGGGGGAGAACAGUCACAUUCACGCCCACGCCCACGGGCGGCACCACCUCGGACUCGUCGCCCUUCCCGGACAACAUACUCCAGCAGUCCGGCCUCGCCCCGGGACAAAUCAUUGGCAUCACUGUCGGCGCCACCUCGGGCCUCGUCUUCUUCGUCGUCGCCCUCGUCUGGUUCUGGAACAGGAGGAGGGCCCGGAAGCUCGCCGCGCGCGAUGAGGCGCUCGACACCGUCAUGGAGGAUCCGGAGAAGCCCGACGACGCGGCUAUGAUGAUGGCGCAGAACACGGGGGAGACGGUUGAACUGCCGGCGCCGCGUGUGGUACACGAGAUGCCCGAGACACGUGAAGGCCCGCCCGUGGAACUCCCUGCUCCCGUUGAGCGACACGAAAUGCCUGCGUAA